AUGUCGACCCUCCGCAUCAAGCCAAGCAUGGAGUCCUCCUCCACCCCCUCAGACACCGAGAUGACCGGCAACGCCCCAGCUCCAGCUCCAGCUCCUGCUGCAAUCCCCACUGACGAAGACACCACCACCACCGAAUUCCACUCCUGCUUCGCCGGCGAGAUCAUCCACGUCCAAUCGCUCAAGAACUUCAACGCCACCCUCCUCGUCACAGACAACGCCAGCCGUACCUACCGCGUAACCUUCCCCCUGCCGACCCACAUCCCCGACACCGGCCGCGGCGCCGACCCCCUCCCGUUCCUGAAGCGCGGGCUCGCGAUCCUAGUCGCUGGCGCCGUUGAUCGCGAGCUGGAUGGGGACGUGGACGUGGACGUGGAGCGCGAGAUUGAAGUGCCGGAUUGGCGACGUGUCAAGAAGUGCCAGGACACCGCGAUCGAAGAAGGCCACCGGUACGACUGCAAGGUGAUGCGCGAUCCCGACAUGCUGGCUUACUUCCGCGACGAGUGUGAGAGCCUCGAGGACCAUCGGUUCCAGUCUAUGGCGUUGCAUACGGAGAUGCGUCUGGAGGAGUACUCUGACAUUAACAUUGCCAUGUUCAAUGUUGAGGACUGGGCUGAGAUGGAUGCGUUUUAUGGCCUGAGUGAGUGGACUGGGCAUCACUAA